GUUGAAGACGAGAAGACCGUCGAGGUCUUAUAAAUGGUCAAGUCGAAAGGUCAGUUAGCGCCCGCGUUAGCGAUUCCAAGUUAAGGCGCUUGCUUGGGCGCUUGACGCUUAAUCUACAGUCUCUUACGGCGUACGCGUGGUUGGCGCCUAUCCUUCCUAACGUUCAGACUUACUCGCCGGGAUGAAAGGCAUAGGGUCCUCUUGCUAUGGCUUUAUUUGAAGACCUUCCAAUUGAGCUGUUACCAAUAAUAGCUCAACACAUUGUGAAACCAAGCCAUCUUGUCCAACUUUGUCUCGUAAAUCGAGCAUUUGAUGUAUUUGCUCGCGAGUGCCUCUACCGUCAAGUGUACAUAUACACCUGGCAUAAGGAUGUAAAAACUAAGGUGUUGAAGCUAUUCGAGACGCUUGCGUCCUCCCCUCAUCUCGCUCAGUAUGUAGAACAAAUGACAAUACGAGACUUUCCUCGAGCACUUUUACUUGAUGACAGGGUAGAAGCGUUACAGCUUUGUUCGAGAGGAAUCGCAAACUGCAUCAAUCUUCGGGCGUGUUCUUGGACCCGCCACGGUUCGCUCAUGACGGACGUCGUGUUGGCUCUGCAGCAACUACCUCUCCUUACAGAUCUGGAAAUAAACUCAGAAACACACUACUUGUUCAAACCGGAAAUCUUGACAGGCUUCACUCACCUUCGCAAGAUCUCGUUGAUCAUGCCAAGUAGACCAAUCAUCAACUUGCUACCCAUUUGGAUAACCGCGACCACCACCACACUUCGGCAUCUAACUCUCAUCUGCAAGUCUUCGACGCGCGUGAACGACGAACUGUUGGCUACAUUGGCCCCGAAUCUCACAAAUUUGGAACAUCUGUACUUAGUCGGUUGUCCAAAGGUCACCCACAAAGGUGUAUUGUCUGUCCUUGCAUCAAAUACGCCCGGUAUACGCGGUUUAGGCAUGGAAGGUCUAUCAUCCACAUUCGAUAUGGUGGAAUUUAGUCAACAAUGCCUCGAAUCAGGCGCUUUGGAGCAUUUGCGGUCUAUCACUCUCACCGGCCCUCUGAAGACAUCGUCACAUGCGUGGGCCCAGCAGGUCAUUAAUCUACUCUCGAUGUCUCCCUUAGAGAUGUUCCAUAUCUCCACGAUGGGAGGGGAAGUCGGCGGAACGUUGAGUGAUGAAUUAUGCGAGCAAAUUGUGUCCACGCAUGGGCUCAACCUGCGACGCUUCUCUGUGGAUCGUAUGGGCAUAAGUAUUCACGCUAUACGUAGAAUCUGCCAAGAAUGUACCAAGCUCGAAGAAUUGUUUGUCACAGCAAACCAAGACGACAUGGACGCACUGGGUUCUUGCUUGGCAUAUACCCGUACUCUCCGUUCACUGCAUGUGAAAAGACCGGUCGGUCAAGGUUCAGAUACUGCACCUUUAGUCUCAGAAAGCCAAGUCCUAUCGAUGGUGAACAAGUGUGGGUCCGAACUGCAACAGAUAGGUCGCAAUACUCGAGUCUGGCAGGUAUCACGAGAGGUCAAAAGAGCAGCCGACGGUUCCUUGACUGUGGAACGAGUAUUAGUUCCAUACGAGCUCCCGGAGAUCCCAGAACAGUUCCUCGUCAUUAGGACGUGAUGGUAUUUAUUAGUGAUCGACAGUGAGCCUUUUGCGACACAUUUUCAAUGAAUGCCCUGAUUCUGUCUUGCAUUUAGUCAUUGCAAUCAUUGGAGAUAUAAAAAUUGUACAUAUGAAAGAAGCCGUGAACACUGCUACAAAAGUUGUCCGCAAUGAAGUCUAUGAAGUCCGUUUACGAAUUUGUCACCCAUCCUCAACACAACCUCGUUAUCUCGUACGUACAGUCGGUUCAACGUGUCUCUAGAGUCUAAGUCAUACAGUGUCUUCGUCAUAAGCGUCAAUGCCAGGACAUUAAGGAUGGGCCCUCAUUCUCCGUGGCCUCGGUCGACGUGCUGAGUGUGAAUUCGUUUUGGGGCCAUCGCCCACAGCCGGCAGGGGCGGGAUGUCCUGCGCCUGCCCAAGGUCGACCGACGCAGUCACUGCAGUCGGUGCUGCAAGGGUAUGCAUCAUAAAGAAGCAAAGAGCUGCUGAGAUGGCAUAAGGGAUGCGCAUUGCGUUGCUAUUGACCAGAUUAACAAUAUAUCCCCAGCGUCCUGUUGGGAAGAUGAAGAAACACUCACCGACAAUAAACAAAACAGGAUUGUUGAUGGUGUGAGGGGACUUAGGAUUAUGACCGCUAGUAAGGGAGGAGACAGGGGUUAUAAAUACAGGAGAGAGGAGCCUAGGCCGGCUGUUCCAACGUAAAGUCCAAUCGUGAGGCAAAGAGCUGAGGGUGGCAAGAUGGGGAAAUCAUCAGAACGUGGAAGCAAUAACUUUAUAGUGACCUCAGAAAGCGCGGCAUUCGUGCACAGUGCGGUGAUCUCACAGUGUCUUAAGGCCUUGUUCCCAGGUUUCGGCUCGGAGCCUCUUCGCGUCUACAUUUGCAUUUAUGGCGCUCACAGCCAGAGUGAUACAGCCUCAGCAUUGGAAAGUCCCCGAGACUGCCGGGGUAAAUUGGACAUACAGAAAUAUGUAACAUAGUGAUAGUAACGCAGAAGACAUUGAGAAG